GCUGCCAGCCCCGCCUUCAAAUACCUUUCUUGACCAUGAACAACGACAGCGAGGCCACGCCUCUUCUCUCUGUCAAAUAUGUUCCUUCUCCUGAUACAUUGACCAAAUUGGUGAAGCGUCUCCGUGCACUGACGCUAACGCUCUUACCGGUUGAGGUUUCUCCGACAAGCCUUAGCGAGCCUACUAGCCGGAUCAUCACACCCCAGGUCAUUGCUGCGUAUCGUGAAUCGGCCGGAGAUUUUGUUGAGGCGCUCCCAUACUGCUUGCUUAGAGCUCGGGCAGAAUUUAUGUAUGAUGCCGACCAUAACCCAGCUGAUUACGGAGAGAACUAUGGCAGAGCUAUCGCGUGUGAGGUGCUUGCUAGGAAAAUCGUGCAUCAGUCUCCACCAGAUCGGGUCAAUGCAUUUAUGUCGACGCGCUUCAAACAUCGGCAGCUUGAUGGAGACGAGAGUGACAUGGCGAGUGCGCUUGAGAUGGCCAUUGAUUCACAUUGUACUAUAUUCCUGUCCUCGACGGAAGCACAGGAUGUCGUUGGCGCCCUUUGGCGAGGCGACCUAAUUCAGAAAAACAAUGAAAACCUUGAGAUUGAAUAUGUUCCAUACUCCGAAACCCAUCUCGAAACGUUCUGGGGACAUCUGGAUCCGUCCCGCCUUUCAGUACCCAGAUAUCAAAACAUCGUCCGCGUCAUUGUCUGGUUCGUGCUUCUGUUUGUUUACUGCCAGACAGUUCGACAGCCAGCAGAGCGGCUAGACCCUCUCAACAAUGCCCAUCUAGAUGGAUGGGAAGACGCCUUCUACUUACUAGCACUAUCUAUAACUUUGGAAGACGUUUACAAGGUACGCGUUGUGAUACUCACACAGCCUCGCGGCGGCUGUUUAAUGAUUACCCAGUUCACGAAGCUUCUGACCUUUGUUACUUGGCGCGUAUUUACGUUCUGGAACAUGGUCUCCCUUAUCACCGAUUCACUCAUACUUGCUGCAUUCAUUCUGCGCGUUGUUGCUAUGCGUGUAACAAGCGACGAGGAACAAAUCAGGUUAAGAAUUGCGAGUUUUCAAGUCCUCAGCUUUGUAUCUCCGUUCAUUUGGAUGAAGCUCUUGACUGUCUUUGAUGGCUACAAAUACAUAGGCACAAUGCAAAUAUGUAUCGCUCGAAUGCUACAGGAAUCAGGCAUAUUUUUUGCUCUACUGUCCGUCAUGGCUUUAGGUUUUACACAGGCACUGUGGGCUUUGGACGCGGCCGAUGGUCAGGCUAGUCCACCAUCAUCCGUGGUGAAUGUACUGGUUCAAGCCCUUCUAGGGUCUCCAAAUUUCGACAUUUUCUCAAGGUACCAAAUUAUGUCAGUCAUGUUUUUCGUCUCCUGGUUAACAUAUUGUUGUAGCUCAAGCGGCCUUGUGAUGUACUACUUCUGGAACGUUGUGACGGCAAUAAUUCUUCUCAAUGUACUGAUAUCCUUGUUCGCAUCUGCAUAUCAGAAUAUUGUUGAUGACGCAGAAGCGCAAUAUCUGGCUUUCUUCGCUGGUAAAACAGUGGGAAUGAUCAGGGCACCUGAUGUCUAUGUCUACCCGGCGCCUUUCAAUCUCAUUGAAAUCCUUUUCGUUACGCCUUUCGAGCACAUCCCGGGCGUUCGUUUAAACGACAAAAACUACGCUAAAUUAAACAGAGCUGUAAUGCGGGUGGUUUUCAUUAUUCCUCUGACUCUUAUUGCUCUAUACGAGUCGACUCACGGACGCCACUGGGUAACGGAUUGGCUACGCAGUGAUAAUGAGGGCGACGAGAACUAUUCUCAAAGCAAGGAUCCAGAGGCAGAUGCUGAGGAGGAUGGUCGCAGGAUAAGCAAGAUCCCCUUCGAAGAACUGAUCAAGGCCUUCCCCAAUACUGCUCAGUCGAGCGAGGAGUUACUUCUGAACGAGAUCAAUGGAUUGAAGAAGCAGCUGAACGCUGUUCUACAAAAAUUGGAUGGAGGCGGUGCCAGCGUGAAAGGAGAAUAACUGAAGGGGCCAACAAGAGUACAUUGGCGAAAACGGACAGGAGCGCGGGUCCACUUCUGUACCGAGCUGAUGCUGGAGCCUAUCAUCUUACGAAUACAUUUUC